UAUAGUGGUUGUUGUGUGUUUGGGGUAACACUGAAAUUACUCCCAUCCCUUUAAUUGGAACCGAAAAAGGGUAUCAUCAUCACAUUUAAGUUAACCAACAAAGAAAUUGGAAAAGAAGAAGCAGAAGAAAAGAAAAUGAGCUUGAAAAUGCAGCUUGGUUUGUUGAUGUUUGGGACCAUUGGGUCGAUGCUGUUGGAAUCUGUGAGUUGUAAAAAUGUUCAUGUCGUGGGAGACCAAUUGGGCUGGAACAUCCCCAGCCGACAAAAUUUCUUCGAUGAUUGGGCUAAGAAAAAAACCUUCGUCGUUGGUGACCAGCUUGUUUUCCAGUACCACCCUGGGCUGAACACAGUGGUGAAGGUAAAUAAAGAGGAUUACGAGAAUUGCACAACGAAAAAUGUUAUUGAGACGUAUUUCAAUGGAAACUCUUCUGUUACUUUGGAGGAAGCUGCUGACUAUUAUUUCUUCUCUUCUGUUGGGAAGCAUUGCGAGGCUGGCGUAAAGCUUCACGUCACUGUUACUAAUCCCCUCAAAUCCUCUCAGUAACUUCAAAAUUUGCAUAUAAUAUUCAAAAUUAUCUAUGUAAAGGAUU